AGAGAUGUAUAUAAGAGGGUGUCUUCUUCCAAAGGGAACGAGUCCUUCCUGAACAUUCACUCGAGCAACAUGAAGUCUGUCAUCUUCGCCUGCCUCGCCGCCCUGGCCGUUGCCGCCCCCCAGUUCGGACAGCUGAACCCGGUGGCCAUCCUGAGGGACGAACGUCAGGAUUUGGGCAACGGCGCUUUCGUUUACGAGUUCGAGGCCGACAACGGCAUCAGUGAAUCCAGGAGGGGAUUUUCGGGAUCCCAGGGACAGACCAACAUGGAGGGAUCCUUCAGGUUCCCUCUCCCCGACGGAUCCUUCGCUGAGGUCCGCUACGUCGCGGACGAAAACGGCUUCCGCGCCGAGUCCCCCUUCAUCCCAACCCCGCACCCACUCCCCGCCCACGCCAUCGAGCAGAUCCGCAUCGCCGAGGAGCAGCGCGCCCGCGGGAUUACAUUCGAGUGAUUACUAAGCCCUGAUGACCAUCUCUCAUCCCUCUCUUGAUUUCAAGCACCGAUUUUUCAGAGGCUGAAUUUCCUUUCCAGAAUCUCAUGAACAGCAACAGAUCAUUAAUACUACGGAUAACAGUUCCUUUCUUUGUGCGAUUUUAUCGAGUGAUUCGGUGUGUUGUCGUCAAAGGAGAGUACCUGCCAUGAAAACGUUUUCAAAUAUAA